GAUUUUUGUUUCUUUUGGCAGUUCACUCCGAGAUGAAAUGGAUUGGAAGCCAUUUGCUACUGGAAGCACCUUUGCAAAUAAAAGAUGAUUUGAAUAAUACAAGCUUUCACUGGAUUCUGACUUUAAUAAUGCUGUGUAAAGGAGAUAAAUAAAGGAGAAUUCGGAAACAAUGAAAAUCAAAGAAAAAAAAAAAGACAAACCCAAUUUCAUUUAACUGAGGUUCACUAAGGAUUAUGGAAACAGGGCAGUGACUCAUGGCAAAGAAAAGAACGGCAAAGCAAUGAGGAUGAAGGACUGUCAUCCAUCUGACCACAGAUCAAAUUCACAUCAUCAUGAAUUUCAGCAGUUCACUAUGAGGAACAAAUCGACCCUUAGCACACCUGAAUAUUUCCACAGUGUUUCCCUCUGGAUUUUCAUCUGAAGCAAUGAUGGAACUAGCUGGGCAGUUUGUCUAUAAAAGAACUGAAAGGAUUGGAAACCAUUUUAAAUCUUGAUGAAACAGACACAACAGGUAUGAAAAAUGACAGUAAUUUUUCUCCUUUCCCUCCAUGCACAAAAUAUUAUACUGUUGGCAGGUAGAAGCUCAUGAGGUUUGACAAUUGUUUGCAGGAUAUUUGUAAUGUAAGUGUAAGUGUAAUUCCAGAUUCAGAACAAUGAAUAUGAAUUCCACUGGGUACUCAUUCUUUAUAGCAAAUUUGCACACAUACAGCUUUGAGCCAAUUGCACAUGGUUAUUUAUAGGAUAUAACUCUACUCCCUACGCUGCCCCAUCUCAUCUCUUCAUCUUUCCCUUUCUCACUUGCAUACACUCUCGUUUUAAAACUGCUUUGCGAGUGUGAUACUGUAGUCAUUACGUAAGACUGAAAUGAACAGGCCAAAAUCACAAACAACAAACAGAAUCAUCAGCAUAACAUUGCAGCAUUUUGUUGACAGUGACUGAUGGACGUAUUAAACUAAUGCAAGCAUUUGCAAAUGUUUAAUAUCACAGGGUUUCGGUCUUGUGAAAUCAAUUAAAAUUCAUUUACACACUCAUUGCUGUUUGUGUCGCUCCCCACUGUUGUUGCACUGAUUGUUUGGAGCAGUUCUAUUCAUGUGUGCGACACACACAAACAGUUAUGUAUCAGGUUAAUGGAGUAUUCAGACCCCUGUAGGAGAGCAGGGAGGAGAACAAACAGAAAGACAUAAGACUUGGGUAAAUAUAUACACUUUGUCUGCACACACAGCCACAACAACAGCCACAUAAUCUCACAUCUGCGAUGAGAAGACAGCCAAGGCAUUCAUCACUUAGAAUGUGACUGAUCAUCUUGGGGCUUGUCCCUGGCAGCCAAAUUGAGUCUCUCUUUCGUUCACAGACCAGUGGAAAAGUUUAAAGUUCUUACUGGGCACAUGAUAAAUGCCUUGAAAUCUAAACAACUGACAAAGGGUUCCAGGUACACCAUUAAUCUGAAGCAAUGGACACUGGUAGAUUGGCUCAUGAUUAGCUCCUCUUUGAUGAAGUGAGCAUAUACUGGAUGAAUGACUAGGCAUAACACCAAGUCUCAGUGGCAAAUAAUGGAUAACUGCAUUUGUGCAGGGGAUUAGUGAUUGGACAAGCAGGCUUAGGACUCAGGGAGACAGAGAGUGCUCAACUUCUUCCAAUCUGAGUUGAAGCCUCUAAUUUUUGAUCUCUUUACACAGGUCUGUGGACAACCUGGUUACCAUGCGACGCACAGAACCAGGGAGUCCAUCUAGAGGAAACAAUCUGUUGCAAGAACAGGAGAGCUUGAAAUGGAUACAACCAAGAAAAUAUCCUGCUUCAUCUAUCUCAGUCAGCACAACAAAUGUCCGCCCCUGUCCCAUGCUAAAGUCAACACUUUUCCGGCUGUGUCUCCUCACCUCCAUACUGCUGCGGAGUGGACAAGGUGUAUUGGCAGGGGAGACAUGGGGCAUGGUGUCCAUUUGCCCCAUCCAUUGCGUGUGUCGGAACUUAUCAGAGUCUCUGAGCACACUGUGUGUGAAUAAAGGUCUUCUUUUUGUGCCACCAAACAUUGAUCGCCGCACUGUGGAGCUGCGUCUUGCUGACAACUACAUCCUGGAAGUGGGAGGUGCAGACUUUGCCAAUAUGACAGGACUAGUUGACCUGACAUUGUCACGCAACACCAUACAUGCUCUGAAACCACUGGCCUUUGCUGAUCUGGAGAGUUUGCGUUCGCUUCACUUGGACACCAACCGUCUCACAGUGGUGGGGCCUCAGGACCUGACAGGUCUUAUUAACCUUCAGCAUCUUAUCAUCAACAACAAUCAGCUCAUAGAUGUUUCGGCAGAUGCUUUUGAUGACUUCCUGCUAACUCUAGAGGAUCUGGAUCUUUCCUACAAUAACCUCCGUAGGGUUCCUUGGGAAUCUAUUCAGAAUAUGGCUAGCCUGCACACCUUAAAUCUAGAUCACAAUCUAAUAGACCAGAUUGCUGAGGGUUCUUUCAGUGAGCUCUAUAAACUAUCCCGACUGGAUAUGACCUCGAACAGACUGCAGACACUUCCCCCUGAUCCACUGUUUUCCAGAUCCCAGAUUGGGGUUGUUAGUCCAACACCGUACAAUUCAAUCACCAGCCUUAACUUUGGGGGGAACCCCCUGCACUGCAACUGUGAGCUGUUGUGGCUACGACGACUGAUUCGGGAAGACGACAUGGAGACAUGUGCCACACCUACUCAUCUGGCGGGUCGAUACUUCUGGUCCAUUCCAGAGGAAGAGUUCACAUGUGAGCCUCCACUGAUCACCCGUAAUACCAACAAACUGUGGGUGUUGGAGGGCCAAAGAGCCACACUUAAAUGUCGAGCCAUUGGUGACCCUGAGCCAGUCAUUCAUUGGGUGUCACCAGAUGACCGUAUUGUGGCCAACUCUAGUCGCAUUCACUCGUACUAUAAUGGCACACUGGAUUUUUUGGUGACCCGUGCCAGAGAUGAUGGCACCUAUACGUGUAUUGCCAUCAAUGCCGCAGGGGAAUCCACAGCUCUGGUAGACUUGAAGAUCAUCCCUCUUCCUCAUAGAGGGAAUGGUACAAUAACUCUUAUCAACCACAGAGACCCUGGAUCCUCUGAUAUAAGUAGUGGCCGUGGUGGGGUUGAAGGGGCAGGGACUGGUGUAGUGACUGUAUGGAAUGCCACCGGAGGCAAGGGAGAUACAGGAGAAAGAGGAAGUGGAAGUAGUAAUGGAGGCACAGAAACCUUGAUAGGAGUUCUAGGUGUGACAUCCAAUUCAGCACAGAUUCGCUGGAAAAUGGGUCGAUCUUCAGCGCCUUUUUUGGUGUGGAUGUAUCAGAUCCAGUACAACAGCACAGCUGAUGGUGGACUUGUUUACAGAAUUCUGCCUCCAACCAGUAAUAGUUUCCUGCUGAAAAACUUGGUGUCAGGAGCAGACUACAGCCUGUGCGUCUUGGCCAUAUUCGAUGAUGGCAUCUCCUCCUUGGCUACUACAAAGGUGCUGGGCUGCAUCCAGUUCAGCACUAAAGAGGAUUAUACAGAAUGUCGUUCUCUGCACGCUCACUUCCUGGGCGGCACGUUGACAGUGAUGGUGGGGGGCGUGGUGGUAGUAACCCUUCUGGUCUUCACUGUGGCCAUGAUGGUGCGCCAUCGUGUCUGCGGAGAGUGUCGGGAUGAUGCCAACAGGCCGGGAAAGUUUUUUCCAGCCAAAGGGGUGGAUGUUUAUGCCCAGACGAACGGAAACAACAGUAUGAUGAUGGUGGCAUUGCCAAAUGGACUCUUGGCCCAAAGAACAAAAGACAAACACAAGCCCAGCUCUCCCCCGAAAUCUAAACAGAGCCCGGAGCCUCACCGUGGCAGACGUCACAAGGGAGACGGGAAAGUGAGGGAAAAAUGUUUUAGUCCUCUCACACCAGAAAGUGAGAGAUUGACACUCUAUUACUCCCCAUCUAACACACUUCCCACGCUAACACAAAAGCAAGCAGGUAGGCUCAAGUUGAGGAAGUCUCUGGAGAAAGAUAGAUACGUGGACAGACAAGUCUUGGCCUCACUUGAAUUGACACAAGAUGGAGAUGACGGAAGGGAAGGAGGCUCAGACUUGAGGCAAGCACUCAAGAUGAAGCGUAGCUGCUCUUUUGAUGUGGGUGAAAUCACCACCACCACAUGUUACAGCUACGCCAAGCGUCUGAGCGUCAUCUGGACCCGACGUAGCCAGUCCCUACAUGGCAUGCUUGUCCAUUGUACCUCCACCACCAGCACGUCCAGCACGGGUAGCAACGAGCAGUACGGCCACGGCCUAACACAGAACUAUCUACAUGCCUUCGCUUCCAACAACUCCUCCAACUCCAACUCCAAUUCAACUUCAAACUCAAACAGUAGCAUGACAGUCAAUCCAAGAGACCUAGAGGAAAGUGUGGUGUAGAUAGUGGGGAAAAAGGCUCCACAUUUGGAGAACUGACAUUUAGGAAAGGCUCAUACGAACAAAUGAGGUAACUAUAAAAAUCUGAUGAAAACAAAUUAUCUGGGGAGGGCAGGAUUGAUGAGAAUAAUGCUCCUGACACAAAGGAUUGGCUGUUAUUUGAUGACUGCCAUUGUUUCGAACCAAAACAAGGCUCAAAAUCGAAUUAUGUGAAGACAAAGAAUGACAAGUAGGAUUUGAAGAAAUAAGAAUUCAAGGACAGGCUUGUUUCUUUACGACAGUCCCAGGGCACGGGGGAUUACAACCUAAAGUGUCUGUUUCAACAAGAUUAAUUAACCAAUUAAUAAAUUAUUGAAUAAAUCAGCCGCUACUUCAUGCAGAAGAAACACUAUUCAAAUGCUAAUGAGGAGCUGAACUAAAGGGGUAAAUAUGACCAAAAAAAGAAAAAGAAAAAAAUUCAAACCCAAAGAGGGAAUGCAUUAUCUGUCGAAAUUCACUGUUGCGAAGAAGCACAACAUGUCUGGCCCCUCUAAUGAGGGAAAGUAUAUAAAUAUGCUGUAAAGUUAUUUUUUAUUUUUUUGGUGGAUGUUUUUUUCAAUGAAUUGAAAAGAUGGAAGGGGGACUCACAGAACACUUCAACACACUAGUGUUUAAAACGGGGAAGCCAUUUGUUCAAAUGUCAUUCAACAGUGGUCUGAAUAGUCAUAAUUGUUCUUGUCUGAUCAGCCUUUUUUCAGAGUCAUAAAAAGAAUAAAAAGCUGUUCUGUAAAAAU